AUGGGAGUGAGUGCCUCCCUUUCAAUUUGUAAAUCAUUAUCUUCUAUUCGAGUUAAGCAAACAACAAAUAAAGUCACACCAGAUCUCCAGUUCAAAAAAGAAAGAAGUACAUUUGGUGUUUCUCUAGAAACUCUCAUGCAGGAUGCACCACAAUGUGGAGUUCCCUUUCUUGUGACACAGAUGGUGGAAUACCUAGAAGUAUUUGGUCUGGAGCAUGUAGGUAUAUUUCGAAUCAAUGGCUCAGUGAAUACAGUCAAGGAAUUGAAGCGGAAAUACAACCAAGGGGAAAAAGUAGACCUUAUUAAUGAUGGAGAUGUUGAUUCUGUUGCCAGUCUACUGAAAGUCUUUCUGAAGGAACUCCCCGUGGCUGUUUUUCCAGACCACUUAUGUGCUGACUUUCUAAAAGCUUUCCAAGAGCAUGAAAUCAACACAGCAGAAUGUAUAAAGAAUCUGAGACAGUUACUCAGCAGCUUGCCCAAAGCCCAUCACAGCCUCCUUCAGUUCCUGGCUGCUUUCCUGUUAAAGGUAUCAACACACAGCGCAGUGAAUUUCAUGACUCUGGAAAACCUAGCCAUUGUGUUUGGGCCUGCUUUUUUUAAGAUCCCCGUGAGUCCCUUGGCUUGUGAAGAACAAAAGCUUUGCAAUAGCUUCCUACUGUAUUUGCUUCAACACUAUGAGAUGCUUUUUGUUGAUUUGAACCCUUGUUUCUCACCAAGACAAGCAGACGAUCCUCAGAAAGAUAACACAGAAGAUGAUAAAAGAAACAGACACAUGUUAUUAAGCAUUCAGGAUAAUUCCGUGAGCACCACAGCUUUAGCACAGUGUGAUGGAGAUUCAGACUCUGUGCAUGAAGAUCAAGCAGCCAGUUCCAGCCCCAGAGAUGGUGAUAACAAAGAAAAUUACCCAGACAAUGCUGCAAUUCUAGAAGAAAGACAGCUGCCUUUGCAAGACAUCCAGCACCACAAGCAGCAAGCGGCAGUUGACUGCACACUGAGACCUGCAAUGGGCAACUUAAAGCUAAGAAAGCCUAAGUCCAUGGCAAAACUAGAAAAUGGAAAAAGCCAUGAGGAAAGUCAGGACCUGGAGAACAUAUUGCCUGGCCUUUCCACCUGGCAGGGGACGGCAGGAGCCUCCACUGAUGCCUAUGCCCAGAACAUGCCUUUCAGAUGCCAGGAAACAGUCGGGAGAUUUCCGCCAAUAAUAGAUCAGAGCACAUGCAUUUCACCAAAAGAAGCAACUGAGCAACUACACAGCAAAAAUGAGAAUUCUUUGUUGAAGCUACAAGCCCUUGAAACUGAUCUGUGCUCUGCAUUUCUGACAACCCAGGAAGAAACUCCGCAGCUGCCAGCAUCCAAGGACCCAGCCCCUUCAUCAGUCCAGACCAGCGUGCAAGCUGAUGGGGCCAGUUGUGGAGAGCAAUAUCACUUCAUUUCUCCUAUUAUUGAUUUUAAUUUAAUGCAUCAGCAGAGAGAUAGUGAAGUAUGGAAACCAGUUCUUGCAAAUAUAUAG